GUGGAAGUGACAUGGUCAAGUUCAGCAGCAAUCACCUGUACACCUACGCUUUCGAAAUAGUUCACAGAAUAGACGCAGCUUGGAUAGAGAAGCAGGAUGUCAAAGAACACAUAAUGGGAAAGAUGAGGCUGAGUGUGGGAUCAAAUUGUUUGUCAUCACUACAGAUACUAAAUAUAUCAUUAACAUCGAGAACUGAAUCACUCGGGAUGAACAAAGCGGCCACUAUGGGUGAUGAUCUAUUCAAACAAGAGCUUUUGGAAGCCAUUUGGUUUUGUUACGAUAACGGUCGCAUCUCUGCUUUUCAAUGGCGCGCAUUUGACAAUGCACUUGUUGCAAAUCUGAAAGGGGCGCUUUUGUCUCAGUUGCAAGUUUCAGCGAGUAGUACGCACUUGCCGACCUUCACUACCGAAGAGGACAUACUCGGGGAUUGUGUCACAGAAUACGCUCCAGAGAGCAAAAACCAUAGUGGCAUUAUGUUCACGAAAAUCAAAUAUUCCACCGGAUGCGCCCGCAGAGUGACACUACAAUCUAUUUUAACUGCGGUUGAAAUCCAGCCCCCUUCACAACGUAGCCGGAUCCCAUUUAUGGACGGGACGGUACAAUGCGAAUUAUACCUCGGUUCCGAUGGAAUUAUUUCUGCUUCACACUGUGAGGAAAAGUUGGUCGUGGGUACGGUGAAUUCGCUACUUGACGAUAGACCAACCACAGUUAUAACAACUGUUCGGCUGAGACUACUACAGAUGCAAGCAUCGGACGGAGUGCUUACAACAGCACGCCAUUUUAAAAGAUUAUUUCAGAAGACAACUAACGCAGAAUCACUCACAAUGGAAAUGGUAUUGAAGAUGAAGGAAGAGCUACUUGCUCUUGCUUUUACCAAAGAAAAGCGCGAUAUUAGAAACUGGUAUUUGUUCGUCCAAAAACUUCGUUUGUUGGACGCUCAAGCGCUGCAGCUUCUCCAACAUGUCAUUUUAUCAACAGAUGAUUUAAAAAUGAGGUAA